UAACGACUAAGCACACGUGGUACCCGUAGAUAAUCACCACUCUGGCGCAUCGUGUAGGAUGGCAUCCCAGGCAACAUUAUGCGAGCCCCAUUCUCGCUGCGCGAGUGCUGAUCGAUUUGUGUCUCGAAAACAAGAGGACCGACAUUCAGCCAUUCGAGGUUCGAAUAAUAGACAAAGACCUCUCGGUUCCUGCAAAUGUUCAGCACACUGUGCGGUCGGUCACUGGAGACUCACUCGAGUGGCCACGGCUCG